GUCUUUGGCAGACACGAGACAGAUGGGAAAGCUCAGCAAAGACCAGUUUGCACUGGCCAUGUAUCUCAUUCAGCAGAAGGUCAGCAAAGGGAUUGAUCCUCCACAAGUGUUAACUCCAGAUAUGAUCCCUCCCUCAGACAGAAACACACCCAUCCAGACUCUGUCAGGUUACUUGACCCCUGUAGGAACUGAGAUCUCAGCACUAACAGAAAUGCGGCGUGAUAGUGCAAGUUCUGUUGGAUCAGGAGAAUUUACAGGGGUGAAGGAGCUGGAUGAUAUCAGCCAAGAAAUUGCACAGCUACAGAGAGAAAAAUAUUCUCUGGAGCAGGACAUUAGGGAAAAGGAAGAAUCAAUCAGGCAGAAAACCAAUGAAGUUCAGGAGCUGCAAAAUGAUUUAGAUAGGGAAACAAGUAACUUGCAAGAGCUGGAGGCUCAAAAACAAGAUGCCCAAGACCGCCUGGAUGAGAUGGACCAGCAGAAAGCCAAACUGAAAGAUAUGCUGAAUGAUGUGAGGCAGAAAUGCCAGGAAGAAACCCAGGUGAUCUCAUCACUGAAAAUGCAGAUUCAGUCUCAGGAAUCAGAUUUAAAAUUACAGGAAGAUGACCUUAACAGAGCAAAAGCAGAACUGAAUCGCCUGCAGCAAGAAGAGACUCAGCUGGAGCAGAGUAUCCAGGCUGGAAAAGUGCAGCUUGAAACAAUAAUCAAAUCUUUAAAAUCAACCCAGGAAGAAAUAAACCAGGCAAGAAGUAAACUCUCUCAGCUGCAAGAGAGCCAUCAGGAGAUGAAUAAGAGCAUUGAAGAAUACAAUGAAGCUCUCAAUGGGAUUCAUGGUGGGAGUCUGACAAAUUUAGCAGACAUGAGUGAAGGCCUUGGGCAGACAGAAAGAAGCAAUUAUGGAGCUGUGGAUGAUCCAUUUAAGAAUAAAGCCUUGAUGUUUACCAAUAACACACAAGAAUUGCAUACAGACCCAUUCCAGUCAGAAGAUCCUUUCAAAUCUGAUCCAUUUAAGGGAGCAGACCCCUUCAAAGGCAGUGACCCAUUCCAGCAUGACCCUUUUGCAGAGCAGCCACCUGCUCCAGCAGAUCCCUUUGGGGGAGAUCCAUUCAAGGAAAGUGACCCAUUUCGUAGUUCUGCCCCUGAGGAUUUCUUCAAGAAACAGGUGAAGAGUGACCCAUUUACCUCAGAUCCAUUCACAAAAACCCCCACUUUGCCCUCAAAGCCUGACCCUUUUGAAAGCACUGAUCCUUUUACGUCUUCCAGUAUCUCUUCAAAAGGUCCAGAUCCAUUUGGAACACUGGAUCCAUUUGGAAGUGGUGCUUUCAGUGGUGGUGAGGGAUUUGCAGACUUCAGUCAGAUGUCAAAGUCAGUACCUUCAGACCCCUUUGCCUCCUCUUUUGGAGGGGCAGGAUUCACAGAUGACCCUUUCAAAAGCAAAUCAGACACACCAGCAUUACCACCCAAGAAAAAUAUCCCUCCACGACCCAAGCCACCCAGUGGUAAAAGUACUCCUGUCAGCCACCUUGGGUCUGCAGAUUUUCCCAAGCCCCAUGAUCCAUUCCAGCCAUUUGGGGCUGACAGCAGUGACCUGUUUCAAAGUAAAAAGGGGUUUGGGGACCCAUUUAGUGGAAAAGAUCCAUUUGCUCCCUCCUCUUCAAGUAAAACUUCUAAAGACUCUUCCUUGGGGUUUGCAGACUUCAGCUCUUUUGGAAAUGAGGAGCAGCAGCUGGCCUGGGCGAAGAGAGAGAGUGAGAAAGCAGAGCAGGAGAGACUGGCUCGGCUGAGGAGACAGGAGCAGGAAGACCUUGAGUUGGCCAUUGCACUCAGUAAGGCUGACAUGCCAAACUCUUAAAGAGGGUCCUGGCCUCCACCCUCUUCAAGAGAAACCUUGGAACAAAGCUUUUAUAAAAAUACUAAACCCUUGGUUUAUAUUUGUGAGAAUGAUUUAAGUCACCUUCGGAUCUAAGCAGGGCUGGGCUGGUGGUGUCUGAGCCGGCUCUGUGGCUUCUCCAAGUGCAUAACCUGCAGGAAUCACUGUAUAAGCUGUAUUAUAUGUUCUAGAUCAAAUUUAUUGCUUGUAAGAAAUUUCAUGUGUAAUCCUAAGGUACUGAAAGUUUCUUUAUCUGAAACACAAAUGUUGCAUAGAGUAAACUGCAGCUUGUGGAUCUGUUUUUUUUUUUUUUAUUUUUAUUUUAUAUAACCUGAAUUCCACUGGGUCUUUGAGGCUGCAGUAUGGAUUUAAAAGAAAAUGUCAUAAAAAGAGAAUAUUUAUAGAAUUAGCUUUCACUUGUUACAUUUAUUUAAUAAUUCAUGGCAGGCUAAUCAGUACUUCUGCAUCAUCUAUGUCAAAGCAUAAAUUCAUUGGUAUUUUUAUCCAGAAGUUGUGGCUUUUGCAAAAGAAUCUGACAAUUGAUAGAUGAUGGAUACAGUGAACUCUAUAAAACAGUACAAAUUUGAAGACUCUAGAAAUUAGCAGUUCUAAUUUAAACUUUGUUUGCAUCGAGUUUUAAUAAUUAUAUACAACUAAAAGUGGGAAUUAAUUCCGUAAAUGGGAUAAAUAAUUUAGCAGUUAAAUGAUGAGGUAAAAAUUUGCUUUGGUGUAAGCAAACAGGAUUGCAAGGUGGCGACACAUUUGGGUGCUGCUUUGAUGUGACAUCAAGAAAUGAAGGGGUGGAAAAGUUGCCAUGUUUGAGGAGCACUCACUGUACCCCCAUUCACUCCUCAUUGCACCCUCAUUUACUCCUCAUUGCACCCUCAUUUACUCCUCGUUGUACCCUCAUUUACUCCUCGUUGUAACCUCAUUUACUCCUCAUUGCACCCUCAUUUACUCCUGGGACAGUCUCUACCUCUGCUUCUUCAAUUCCACCUGUUUGGGCUUACAGAUCAAGCAGCUUUAGCUGAAAUGAAGCCAAGUUAAAUCAGAUUUUAGUUGCCAAAUGCACAUUCACGCAUCAGCUCUGGCAGCACUGCCUGGGCUGCCUCUAAAAUUCAGUUUGCAGGACUCAGACCAGGUAGGAGCAGGUUUUACAUGCACUGAAUGCUUCCACCUGGAAAACACAGCACAGAAUGUGUUGGACGUGUCAUAGAAAAAAUAAGUCUGUGAAUUUAAUUUGCUUCCUAGAAAUGCCUUUUCUGAUUACAGGAAUUCUAAAACUUCAGUUGUGUUUGCCUUGGAAUUUUCUGUCUGGUAGAGUAGGGGUCUAGCACAGCAUUUUUAAAUGUCCUCAGUCUCCUUUCCUGCCCUUUGUUCUCUGGGAAUACAAAAGCUUUACAUUCUUACUGAUGUGGCCCUUGUCUUACAACAUUUUCUCUUUUUUUUUUUUUUUUUUUAAUGUGAUAAUUCCUUCAUCAUCUUCAAUGCAUUUCUAUUUUUUAUGUCCUUGCUUCCUUCCUUUUAUUUUCGUACUGCAAUGAUAGUGCCUGCUCAGUGAAUGAAAUCAGUGUUUCCCUGCUCAGGUGGGAUUUGCCUUAUCCUGGAUGCUUUCCUGACACAGAGGAGUCAGACUGGAUCUUUUUUAGCUUUCAGCUCUGAAAUGCAGCCAGGACAUUUGUGGCAUUUGCAGCCUCAGGCUCUGGUGGGGAGGUGGGUGUGCAGACACAUCUGUUCCUGUUUGGGAUGUUCCUGUCUGUGUCUCCUGUGCUAAUGGUACUACAAAUAAUGUAAAAAGAUUUAUUUCUAAUACCAAAACCAACCAUAUAAUGGUCUUUAAUAGUGUCCUUUAAUGAGCCCUUUGGGAUGCAAUAGAAGCUAUUUCUAAUUUUGAAGAUCCUGAUUUGAUAUCCCUUCCCAUUGCAAUAAUUUUUCUCUUAAUAUAUGUUCGAUCAAACAUACUAAAACACAAAAUAUUCUCCCUUCUGUUGGUGUAUAGAACUUGAAAUCUCUGAGAGCUAACUUGUCUUUAGGUAACAUGAUAAAACUUUUGCUGUGAAAGAGCAAUUUUCAAAAGCAAGAUUGGCUGCAAGAUUCUCAGUGCAGUUCUGCAGACUGUACCCAUGUGUAAGAUCCUCCUGUUCACUUGGACCCGAGUCCUUGUGCUGUCCCUUCUGCCACAAUAAAAUUUAGAAAUUAAUACCAGUUCUGGAUGGGAUGAUGCCACUCCAGUGCGACAGGUGGAGGACUAAAGAGCUUGAUGCAUUUUUGAAGUUCUGUUCCAUAA